UUCUAUUGUGGUUUAGACGAAAAAUGUGGUUUAAAUAUUCUUUAUUGGCUUUGAUAGCUUUAGUGGGCAGUGUUAGCUGUUUUCCUGAGGGACGCGUAGUAAAUGGCACUUCUACUGAUGUUUCAAAGUAUCCUUUUAUAGUGUCUUUGCGUGGCUCUACCGGUUCCCAUUCUUGCGGCUCUAGUAUUAUUGCUCCCCGCUGGAUUUUGACAGCUGCUCAUUGUGUCAGUGGUCGCACGGCUAGUCAAUUGAGUAUUCAAUAUGCUACAACUAAAAUUAGUGCCAAGGGUGAUAAUGUUGUUGGUGUGAAACGUAUUGUUAUCCAUGAAGAUUAUGCUCCCUCAAGAUCAUAUGCCAAUGAUAUUGCUUUGUUGGAAUUGGAAGGUGCUUUUGUCUACAAUUACAAAACUUUAGCUCCCGUUACUUUACCCGAACCGUACUUUGAAAUUCCUCAAACACAACAGGGUGCUCCUGGUGUUUUAGCUGGUUGGGGCUUAAAUGCUACUGGUGGAUAUAUCCAAAGCAAUUUGCAGGAAGUUGACUUGAAAAUUUACUCUGAUGCUGAGUGUAACUCUAGACACAAUGGCGCUACUACCUCCGAUCAUAUUUGUGGUGGUGUUGAUGAAGGCGGUAAAGGCCAAUGCUCAGGUGAUUCUGGUGGUCCUUUGUUGUACAAGGGUUCCGUGCAAUUGGGUAUUGUUUCCUGGAGUGUUAAGCCCUGUACGGUGGCUCCUUAUCCCGGUGUUUAUACCAAAGUUUCUCAUUAUAUCGGAUGGAUCAAUAAACACAUUAACUAAUCCUUAGUAAAAUAAAAUAAAUAAGUUAAAUUAUAAAAUUGUUUGAAAA